AAUCCAAAUAUAAACAUUCUACCUCCUAUAAACCCUCUCCUCCACAAUCCCCUCCUUAUUUUCUCUACUCCAACAUGCGAGACCAACAAACCACACAACAAAACCAAAGAAAAAAAGAAAAGCAAACUCAAUUCCCAUUUCUCUAAUCUUCCAAAAUAUCCAUGGCCUCCUAUCUCAAUCUCUUACUCCUCUCCCUCUUCUUCCCUCCCCUCACGUUCUUUCCCUCCACAACACAAUCAAAGCUCACCCCAAACUACUACCAAAAAAGCUGCCCCAAAUUCCCCGACAUCGUCAGGCAAAUUGCUCAGGAAAAGCAAACGGUGGCCCCAACCACCGCCGCCGCCACUCUCCGCCUCCUCUUCCACGACUGCCUCGUCGAAGGCUGUGACGCCUCCAUCCUCAUCGCCUCCAACGCCUUCAACAAGGCCGAGCGAGACGCCGAAAUCAACCUCUCCCUCUCUGGCGACGGUUUUGACCUCGUGACGCGCAUCAAGACCGCGCUGGAGCUCCAAUGUCCCGGCAUUGUGUCAUGCUCAGAUAUUCUAGCCACCGCCGCCCGCGACUUGAUUACCAUUGAAGGCGGGCCUUAUUAUCCCAUUAGGCUCGGCCGGAAAGACGGGUUUAUGUCGAAAGCAGAACAGGUAGCAGGGAAACUUCCAAGGCCGACGAUGCCAUUGACGCAGCUCAUCGCCCUUUUUGCUUCGAAGAAAUUCUCCGUGCAAGAGAUGGUCGCAUUGGUCGGCGCACACACAAUUGGGUUCGCGCAUUGCUCGCAAUUCAGCAAUAGAAUCUACAAUUUUAGUAAGAAAACGAAGAUUGAUCCCGCUUACAAUCCCAAAUACGCAGAAGGGUUGAGGAAACUCUGCGCAAAUUACACCAAGGAUCCAUCGAUGUCGGCGUUCAACGAUGUCAUGACACCCAACAAGUUCGAUAACAUGUACUACAAGAACUUGCAGAGAGGGCUGGCGCUGUUGGCUUCCGACCAAGCUUUGUCUGUGGACAAGCGGACUAGGCCUCACGUGGACUUGUACGCCGUCAACCAGACCAAGUUCUUUCAGGAUUUUGCUCAUGCUAUGGAGAAGCUUAGUGUUUAUAAGAUUAAGACGGGUAGGAAGGGAGAGGUGAGACGUAGAUGUGAUGCCUUUAAUAAUCUCAAAACUACUUAAUUAGGAAGGAAGCAUCUCAAUAUUAAAUUUACAACACAAGAGGAGGCCUCGCCUUUUGUUUUUGUUUUUCUAUGUAUUUCAUUUUUCUUUUCAAAUUACAUAAGAAAGGAAGAAGACAUCUUACCAUGUUUCCACCUGUAUUAACCACCUAAGAAAAUAGGACGACGUUCGUAUUUUUAUGUAGUAACUGCACUGUUUCAUAUGCCACUUCAAAGUUGACAAACUUUCUUCCUUA